AUGGACGGCUGCAUGGAGGUGGUGCCCCUUGCUGGUGACACCAGAGACGCGAGGAGGAAAGGCAGGAUUGGGCCGGCGCCCGCGCGGGGCCUCUGGCCGCACGGGAAGCCCCGGAGCAAGGGCCGGAGCUGCAAGCGGAGCUCGGGCCCCGGGCCGGACGAGCACCACUCCCUGCGGCCGGUCACCGUGGACAGCUCCAAGGCCAGGACCUCCCUGGACGCGCUCAAGAUCAGCAUCCGCCAGCUCCGGUGGAAGGAGUUCCCUUUUGGCCGCCGCGUGCCCUGUGACAUCUACUGGCAUGGUGUGUCAUUUCACGACAACGACAUAUUCUCCGGUCAAGUGAACAAGUUUCCAGGCAUGUCGGAGAUGGUGCGUAAAAUUACUCUGAGCAGAGCAGUGAGAAUCAUGCAGAAUCUCUUUCCUGAGGAGUACAACUUCUACCCUCGCUCAUGGAUUCUGCCUGACGAGUUCCAGCUCUUUGCUGCCCAGGUUCGAAUGGUGAAAGAUGGUGACCCCUCCUGGAAGCCCACUUUUAUUGUGAAACCCGAUGGUGGCUGUCAGGGUGACGGAAUCUACCUCAUUAAAGACCCCAGUGACAUUCGCCUGGCAGGGACCCUGCAGCGCAGGCCGGCAGUGGUCCAGGAGUACAUCUGCAAACCUCUCCUUAUCGACAAGCUCAAGUUUGACAUCCGCCUGUAUGUCUUACUGAAGUCCUUAGACCCCUUAGAGAUUUACAUAGCCAAAGAUGGACUCUCGAGAUUUUGUACGGAGCCAUAUCAGGAGCCCACCCCCAAAAACCUGCACCACAUCUUCAUGCACUUGACCAACUACUCGCUGAACAUCCACAGCGGUAACUUCGUCCACUCGGACAGCACUAGCACAGGCAGCAAAAGGACUUUUUCUAGUAUUCUUUGUAGGUUGUCUUCCAAAGGCGUUGACAUCAAGAAGGUCUGGUCUGACAUCAUCUCCUUGGUGAUUAAGACCGUCAUUGCCCUGACCCCAGAGCUCAAAGUUUUCUACCAGUCGGACAUCCCCACGGGGAGGCCGGGGCCCACGUGUUUCCAGAUUUUAGGCUUUGACAUUCUCCUGAUGAAAAACCUGAAGCCUGUACUGCUUGAAGUUAAUGCAAAUCCCAGCAUGAGAAUCGAGCAUGAGCAAGAACUUUCUCCAGGGGUGUUUGAAAAUGUCCCCAGCCUUGUCGAUGAGGAAGUGAAAGUGGCCGUGAUCAGAGACACCCUGCGCCUCAUGGACCCCCUGAAGAAGAGAAGAGAGAACCAGUCUCAGCAGCUGGAGAACCCAUUAGCUGGGAAGGAAGAUCCUCCUGACAGCGAUCUGGCCAAUGCCUCGGCAGGCAACCCCAAUCCUGAAGCCCGCCUGCCCUCCAUCUGCCUCAAGCAGGUGUUCCCCAAGUACGCCAAGCAGUUCAACUACCUGCGCCUGGUGGACAGGAUGGCCAACUUGUUUAUCCGGUUCCUGGGAAUCAAGGGGACAAUGAAGUUGGGACCAACAGGCUUCCGUACCUUCAUAAGGAAUUGCAAGCUGAGCAGCAGCAGCCUGUCCAUGGCCGCCGUGGACAUCCUCUACAUCGACAUCACGAGGAGGUGGAACUCCAUGACCCUGGACCAGCGGGAAUCAGGGAUGUGCCUGCAGGCCUUCGUCGAGGCUUUCUUCUACCUGGCUCAGAGGAAGUUCAAGAUGCUGCCCCUCCACGAGCAGGUGGCCUCGCUGAUCGACCUGUGUGAAUACCACCUGUCCCUGCUGGACGAAAAGCGCCUGGGGUGUGGCCAGAGUGGCAGGUCGGGGGCCCGGCCCCCUCACAGUGACACACCCCAGGAAGCCGCCCCGGCUGCCCCACUGGCGGAGGGCAACGCCCCGCCCUGCCCAGGCAAGCUCUCCCAGUGCAGACGCGCUCUGUCCUGAGGGCCACC